GCCACGCUGGAUGUCAUGUCAUCAGCCAUCGUCCUGUGGCGCUACAGCAAUGCAGCAGCUGUGCACUCUGCACACAGAGAGUAUAUAGCAUGUGUCGUCCUUGGGGUUGUGUUCGUUCUCUCCUCUAUUUGUAUUCUUGGAAAGGCCAUCCACGAUCUGGCUACCAGGAUGCCCCCCAAAGUGGACGACUUCCUCUUUAGUGUGUCCAUAGUGAGUGGGCUCACAUGUGCUGUGCUGGCUGUGGCCAAGUUCAUGCUGGGAAGAGUGCUGACUAGUCGGGCACUUAUCACUGACGGGUUUAAUUCUCUGGUUGGAGCAAUCAUGGGAUUUUCCAUUCUAAUCAGCGCCGAAGUUUUCAAGCAUCAUACUGACGUCUGGUUUCUGGAUGCCACCAUUGGAGUUCUAAUGGGACUUAUUAUUUUGGCAUAUGGGGUCAAGCUCCUGAAGGACAUGGUUCCCCGUGUGAGACAGACAAGGAACUACGAGCGCUUUGAAUGAGAGACCUGUGUGCCGACCAGACGAGCAGGUUCUAACAUACUCACGCACCUGCACACCUGGGUGCCUCCUGCCCCGCCUCUCUCUGUAUUUCAUACACCUGUUCAUCCACAUUUCAUUACACACUGACAGGGACCGUACACACUCCCAUAGACAUGUAUACAUACACAC